AUGCCGCAGAGCCGGGGCAUUGUAUCUAUUAAUUCCAGGUCUCCUUCGGAACAAAAUUGCAGUCCAGAAGGUUCUCGUGCAUUUCUCGAUGAAGCAGAAGAGGAUGCCCCUAGAAAAGAGGACCUUUCUCCACUGUAUCUUUCACCGUCAUUGUCCAGGUUGCUUGAUGUUCUUGUUACCUUAGCUCAAACUGGUCCAGCUGAGCAGUCUGGAGGAAGGGGUUCCAGGUUGUCCCAAGCUAAGACUAGUGGCCAUAGCAGAAGCCAUCAAUCAUCAAUUGAUAGGCUCGGUGAUGAAAUUUGGGAACAAGGUAAUAGCAAAGUGAAAGACCUUGAAGCAGUCCAAAUGUUGCAAGACAUCUUCCUCAAGGCAGACAACAGGGAUCUGCAGGCAGAACAAUUACGGACAGUUCCACUUCUUAUCUUGAACAUGGCUGGUUUCCCUCCAUCGUUGCAAGAGAUCAUCUUAAAAAUUCUAGAAUAUGCUGUGACUGUUGUGAAUUGUGUUCCAGAGCAAGAAUUGCUUACAAGAAAGUCCUGCGAGAGGUUGGCGUGCUGGAAGUACUAUUGGAAUGAUCUGAAGCAGCACAAGUUUCUUCUGGGCCCAGACAAUCAUGGUGUUAACCCUAAUCAGUUAGAAAAAAAAUCCAGUUCAAGCAGCUUCAAGAAACACUUGGACAGUAAGGACGUUAUCAUCACUUCUCCCAAGUUAAUGGAAUCUGGUUCAGGAAAGUUUCCUAUUUUUGAAGUUGAGCUUACAAUAGCUGUUGCAUGGGAUUGUAUGAUCUCUUUGUUAAAGAAAGCUGAAGCCAAUCAAACAGCAUUCCGUUCGGCUAAUGGUGUGACCACUAUUCUUCCUUUCUUGGUUUCUAAUACUCAUCGUCCUGGAGUUCUUCGGAUAUUGUCAUGCUUAAUUACUGAAGAUGUUAAACAGGUUCAUCAUGAAGAAUUGGGUGUGGUUCUUGAAGUUCUGAAGAGUGGAAUGGUUACAAGUGUAUCGGGACAUCAGUACAGGCUUCAAAACGAUGCAAAAUGUGAUACAAUGGGAGCCUUGUGGCGUAUUCUUGGAGUCAAUAGUUCUGCUCAGAGGAUAUUUGGGGAAGCCACUGGGUUUUCUCUUCUGUUGACUACUCUCCACAGUUUUCAAGGUGAUGGAGGGCAAACAGAUGAAUCUCCUUUAGUAGUUUACAUCAAGGUGUUUACGUACUUAUUGCGCCUCAUCACAGCUGGGGUGACUGAUAGUUCCAUUAAUAGGACAAAAUUGCAUGCUAUUAUAUCAUCACAAACUUUUUAUGACCUGCUUCUGGAGUCUGGCUUGUUAUCUGUGGAGUGUGAAAAACAAGUGAUACAACUGCUGUUAGAACUUGCUCUUGAAAUUGUGCUCCCACCAUUCCUGACUUCAGAGACUGCAAAAUCAUCUGAUAUGAUUGAAACUGAAUCAGCUUGUUUCCUUCUGACAACACCAUCUGGCUUGUUCAAUCCUGAUAAGGAACGGGUGUACAAUGCUGGUGCGAUAAGAGUGUUAAUCCGUUCAUUGUUGCUUUUCACCCCAAAGGUGCAGUUAGAAUUAUUGAAUCUUAUUGAAAAGCUUGCUCGUGCUGGGGCCUUCAAUCAGGAAAACCUCACCUCUGUUGGUUGCGUUGAGCUUCUGUUGGAGACAAUCCACCCUUUUCUUUCAGGUUCAUCUCCCUUACUUUCUUAUGCUCUGAAGAUUGUUGAAGUUCUUGGAUCAUACAGGUUGUCAACAUCCGAACUUAGAGUGCUCAUUAGAUAUAUUCUGCAAAUGAGGCUAAUGAAUUCAGGUCAUGUUAUUGUUGAUAUGAUGGAAAGGCUGAUUCUCACUGAAGAUACUAUCUCAGAAAAUGUUUCUUUGGCUCCAUUUGUGGAAAUGGACAUGAGCAAGGUUGGGCAUGCUUCUAUUCAGGUGUCUUUGGGAGAACGGUCUUGGCCUCCAGCUGCUGGUUAUUCAUUUGUUUGUUGGUUUCAGUUUCGAAAUUUUUUGACUACACAAGGGAAAGAAACAGAGCCUCUUAAAGCUGGCUCUUCGAAGAGACGAGGCACCUCUGUUGGGCAGCAACAUGAGCGGCAUAUUUUCCGGAUAUUUUCUGUUGGUGCUGUGAAUAAUGAGAAUUCAUUCUUUGCAGAGCUUUAUCUUCAGGAGGAUGGUGUUUUGACUCUUGCUACUAGCAACUCUUCCUCUUUAUCAUUUUCUGGAAUAGAACUGGAAGAAGGCAGGUGGCAUCACCUUGCUGUUGUUCAUAGUAAGCCCAAUGCUCUCGCUGGACUUUUUCAAGCAAGUGUUGCUUAUGUCUAUCUUGAUGGAAAGCUGAGACACACAGGGAAACUUGGAUAUUCUCCAUCUCCUGUUGGGAAACCUUUGCAGGUGAUCAUUGGGACCCCAUCGACUUGUGCAAAAGUUAGUGAUUUGAUGUGGAAAGUCCGUUCAUGUUAUCUUUUUGAGGAGGUGCUCGCAUCAGGUUGUAUUUGUUUCAUGUACAUUCUUGGUAGAGGAUAUAGAGGGCUGUUCCAGGAUUCAGAUAUUCUGCGAUUUGUUCCUAAUCAGGCGUGUGGUGGUGGUAGCAUGGCCAUCUUGGACGCCUUAGAUGCUGACUUGCCUUCAGCUUCUAACCUGCAGAAACUAGAUAGCAUUAACAAGUUAGGGGACUCUAAGGCAGAUGGCAGUGGGAUUGUUUGGGAUCUGGAGAGACUUGGAAACCUUUCCUUGCAACUUUCUGGGAAGAAACUUAUAUUUGCAUUUGAUGGAACAUGCACUGAGGUUUUUCGUGCAUCUGGAAAUUUUUCUUUGCUCAAUCUGGUCGAUCCUAUGUCAGCUGCAGCUUCUCCAAUUGGAGGUAUCCCGCGUUUUGGGCGUCUGCAUGGAGAUACUUAUGUCUGUAGGCAGUGUGUAAAUGAAAGAAGGUACGCACUUGAGGUUGUGCGUGAUGCAAUGUCUACUGAGUUGAGAGUUGUCCGUCAAGACAAGUAUGGAUGGGUCCUUCAUGCUGAGAGUGAGUGGCAAACCCAUCUUCAACAACUUGUGCAUGAGCGUGGAAUAUUUCCUAUGCACAAAUCCUCUUCACCUGAAGAUCCUGAGUGGCAGCUUUGUCCCAUUGAAGGUCCAUACAGGAAGCGCAAAAAGGUUGAACGCUGUAAGUUAAAAAUUGAUAGCAUUCAGAAUGUUCUCGAUGGGGGAUUGGAACUAAGAGAGAUUGAGCUACCCAAAGCGAAGAAUGAUGAUGGUCCAGAUGCAUCCGAUACUGAAUCUGAACCAUAUUUCCAACUUUUUAGUGACAGUGACAAACAGAAUGGUAUUGACAGUGAGCUGUAUGAUGAAUCAUUUUUUAAAGAUUCAGAUGAUGUUAAAGAUGUAGAUUCUGUUAGAAACGGUUGGAAUGAUGAUAGAGCUAGUAGUAUAAAUGAAGCAAGUCUUCAUUCUGCACUUGACUUUGGUGGCAAGUCCAGUGCAGCAUCUGUCCCAAUAACAGACAGCAUGCAAGGAAGAUCUGAACCAGGAUCUCCUAAGCAGUCAUCUUUUGGUAAAAUGGAUGAACUCAGGGUUACUGAGGAUAAAUCAGAUAAGGAGCUGAAUGAUAAUGGUGAAUACUUAAUAAGACCUUAUUUGGAACCUCUUGAAAAGAUAAGAUUCAGAUAUAACUGCGAACGUGUUGUUGGCCUUGACAAGCAUGAUGGUAUAUUUUUGAUAGGGGAACUUUGUUUGUACAUCAUAGAGAACUUUUAUAUCGAUGAUUCUGGGUAUAUAUGUGAGAAGGAAUGUGAAGAUGAACUCUCUGUUAUUGAUCAGGCAUUGGGUGUAAAGAAGGAUACUACUUGCAGUCUGGAUUUCCAGUCGAAGUCUAUCAUCUCCUGGAGCACAACAGUAAAGACAGGGGUUGGGGGGAGGGCAUGGGCUUACAAUGGUGGUGCUUGGGGAAAGGAGAAAGUGUGA